AGUAUUUCCUCUUCCUUUUGAUCUUCUUGUGCUUACUGGCAGCUGUAAAACACAUUGACAUCAACAACUGUGCUGGAGUUUGGAGCAGCGAUAUUAAAAUAAUUUAUGCAUAAAUGUGCACAACUAAGUAGCAUGUUUGAAUAAUUGUGAAUUUCUUCAAAGUGAAAUGAUGAACUCCAGACUCUCAUCUCUGAUCCUGCUGUUACACAUUCAAGGGUCUCUAACAUCGAACAGCUUUACUGUGACCUGUAAUAAACAAAAUAUUUGUGCUGUGAGAGGGACACAGGUGACAACGAGGUGCUCUUACUCAAACAUCAACAUCACAACUGGAUUCUGGUUCAGCCAAAAACAGAAAACAAACUGGAGAAACAAAGAUGAACCUGAAGAUUUGACUUUAGAUUCAGAUUACUCAGGACGGGUGAAACAGGAGAUCACAAACACCAUAUCAGAGCUCACAAUAUUUGAUCUGCGAGAGAGCGACAGUGGAGAAUAUCAGCUCAUGAUCAUUAUGAAGGAUGGAGUUAAACAUCUCAGCUCAGUCACAGUCAAUCUAACAGUCACAGUUUUACAGGUGAAGAUGAAUCCUGAAUCUACAGAUGAAGUAAAUCUGAUCUGUGAUUCUUCCUGCAAUCUCACAUCGGAAAAUUAUUACUGGUACAAGAAUGAACAAUUAUUUGCAGCUAGCAAAUCCUUAAUCGUGUCAUCCAGAGGAAACACUGACAGCUAUUCCUGCUCUCAGUACAUAUAUGGCAAAAACACUCAAUCCUCUUCUGUGUGUCUUUCUAACAGUGGGUGUUGGGGUGUGACUUACACCUCUACAAGAGUUUGUGCUUUAGUGGGAUCAACAGUAGAUAUUCACUCUUCAUACUCACAUCCCACUGGAUAUACAGUAAAGAAAACAUACUGGGAUUACAUUGAUAUAAAAUUCAAAGAUCUGCGUGAGGUUCAUCAGUUUGCUGGUCAUGUGGAGUUUGUUGGAAACACACUGAGAAUCAAAGACGUCAACACGAGUGAUUGUGGUAUAUAUCGAUUCAGGAUCGUCAGUAACACAUUAGAUGAAUUUUCUGGUUCUUCUGGAGUUUUUUUUACUGUUACAGAUACACAGGUGAUAAGCAGCCCAAACCCUGUGAUAGAUGGAGAAAAAGUGAUAUUAAGCUGUUCAACCGAAUGCACUCUGGAUUACAAACAUACUUACAUCUGGUAUAAGAAUGGACAACAGGUAACAGAUGGAUUGAGAUUAUUAAACAAGCUGUACCUGAAGUCAAUCAACAGUGAGGAGCUACAAGAGUAUUCAUGUACUGUAAGAGAAACAAUCUCAGUGUUUUGUCAUCUCAGAGUCUGUCUGCUGGUGUUUCUGCCUCAGUUUCUCAUUUUAGGAGCUCUGUGGAUUUGGUUUUUCAUCAGCAAGAACAAAUUAAAAUCUAAAAACAGAACUGAUGACAAACAUGAAGAGAAUCAAAUGGUGCACAUGUCUGUGUGUAGAUCAGCUGAACUGUUGGAGUGAUGUCACAACUCUCUCUCUGACAUCAUCACCUAUCAAAAAUCUCUCAGCAGUGACAUCAUUGAUGCAGUGAUGUCAUAUACAGUAAC